AUGAGGGUUGCGGGACCUGCCCUGCCCCGGCACUUCCUGGGAGGUACCCCGAGCAGCACGGGCUGCUUCCUGCUGGACGUGGUGGACUGGGAGAGGGUGGCUGGAGCCUGCGGGGAGGAGAGGCAGUGGCUGACCAGCCCUCACCGGCUUCGUCCACAGGUCAUCGGGCUCCUGGACGUCUUCACCCCAGCCUCCUCCCUGCGCCACUUCCAGGACUUCUACCUGGUGAUGCCCUUCAUGCAGACGGACCUGCAGAAGAUCAUGGGUAUGGAGUUCACCGAGGACAAGAUCCAGUACCUGGUGUACCAGAUGUUCAAGGGUCUCAAGUACAUCCACUCCGCCGGCGUCAUCCACAGGGACCUGAAGCCGGGCAACCUGGCCGUGAACGAGGACUGCGAGCUGAAGAUCCUGGAUUUCGGGCUGGCGCGGCACGCGGAUCCUGAAAUGACCGGCUACGUGGUGACACGCUGGUAUCGGGCGCCCGAGGUCAUCCUCAGCUGGAUGCACUACAACCAGACGGUGGACGUCUGGUCCGUGGGCUGCAUCAUGGCGGAGAUGCUGACCGGGAAAACGCUGUUCAAGGGGAAAGACUACCUGGACCAGCUGACCCAGAUCCUCAAGGUGACCGGGGUCCCGGGUGCCGACUUUGUGCAGAAGCUGAACGACAAAGCGGCCAAAGCCUACAUCCAGUCCCUGCCACAGAGCCCCAAGAAGGACUUCACUCAGCUCUUCCCACGCGCCAGCCCCCAGGCCACAGACCUCCUGGAGAAGAUCCUGGAGCUGGACGUGGACAAGCGCCUGACUGCCGCACAGGCCCUCGCCCACCCCUUCUUCGAGGCCUUCCGGGACCCCGAGGAGGAGACCGAGGCGCAGCAGCCCUUCAGUGACCCCCUGGAGCACGAGCGGCUCACGGUGGACCAGUGGAAGCAGCACAUCUACAAGGAGAUCGGGGACUUCAGCCCCGUCGCCCGCAGGGACUUGCGGCGCCCAAGCGGCCUAAAGCUGCAGUGACACCUGCGGGCCGGACGCCCACCUCAGCCCCACACGCUGCCCCGGGCCUCUGUCACCACCAGAGAACACCCCAGGCAGUGGACAGGUGCCUGCCCUGGGCCUGGCUGCUGCGGAAUUCGGGGAGGAAGAGCCCGGAUCGCACCAGACUGCGUUAGGAGGCCGCCUGCCCUGCCCGGCGUCCGGAGCGCAGGGCCUUUCCUUCCCCAACAGUGGCAGUGGAUCAGCUUCUCGGGGCUGCACACGCGGUUCUGAAGUCCAGCGCGAGGCGUUGUUGGUCGAGCUGUGCUCCCUCCGAAAGCCCUGGAAGAGAGCCCUUCUCCCUUCUUUUAGCUCCUCGUGGCUCUGGACAAGCCUUGGCAUUGCCUGGCUGUAGCUGCCACUCUGGCCUCUGCACGUGUGUUCACCCUGUUCCCUCUUCUUUUUGGUUCCUGGGAUCGAACUCAGGACCUUGCGCUUGCAAGGCAGGCACAGCACCAGGGACCUCUCUUGGC